AUAGAAAAGAACUCAAAAAAAAAAACUGAUAUAAUACAAAAUGGCUCCACUAAUUUUUACUUUAUGUCUCUUUUUUUCCAUCUGCUACUCUUCAACUGCACUUACAUGCAUUAAUUGUGCUGUAGUUAAAUGCAAAGCGCCAGUAGGAUGCAAAGCUGGAACGGUCAAAGACUUUUGUGGUUGUUGUGACGUAUGCGCUCAGAGUGCUGGUGAAGUAUGUGGAGGGAUUUUGAUAAAUACUAAAAAGUGCAGCAACGAAUUAACAUGUGUCAAGAAUAAAAGUACUGACUUGAUGGGAAUAUGUCGACCAAAAUGCGGACCAGUGUGCGAUAUAUUUUGCAAAUAUGGAAAUGUUCUUGAUAAGAAUGGAUGUCCAACUUGUCGUUGCAAAGAUGCACCGAAAUGCGGACCAGUGUGCGAUAUAUAUUGCCCUUAUGGACAUGUACUUGACGGAAAUGGAUGUCCAACGUGUCGUUGUAAUAAACCACCAAAAUGUGGGCCCGUGUGUAUGAUUUACUGUGAAAAUGGAAAUGUUCUUGAUGAAAGAGGAUGUCCUACCUGCCAAUGCAACAAUAAAGGAGUAUAACUUAAAGAAGAUAUUGUGUAACUUUUUUUUCACAACUUUGGUUUUGGACAGAGAAAUCAUAAGACGUUUCAAAUUUUCAUUAUUUAAAGCUUUUGUAGAUAUAAAAUAUGUAAUUGUUAAGAAUAAUAAUAUUUAUAAUCAAUCUUUAAA